AUGCCGUCCAUAAAUCCUUCUGCGACGCGCAGAUUAGAUGACUGGUCAGCUUCACCUCUCACGCCUGCCGCUGACUGGAUCAACUCGUCGAGUAUAUGCGCAAGGUUGGCGACAUUCAAUAAGGAAGGUCGCAGAGAAGUCCUGGAGUUGAGCAUCGACCGACCACUCACUAUUGGCAGACAUCCCGCAUGCUCGUACGUUGUAUCCGACAUCGUGGCUUCUGGUAUUCAUUGCAAGCUUUACGCCGUCCGACCGAGCAAUGGUGGAGUACUGGUGUCAUGUUCGGAUUUCUCAACCAACGGACUCCUGCUCAACGGUCAUAAAAUCCGGAAAACAUCCGUUCUCCUUAUGGAUGGCGAUACCAUCCAGAUUCCUCAUUCUCAAAAGUUCGAGUGCAUCCAUGUGCACAAAUCUCCACAAAAGACGCAUAUAUUUGACCCAACGCCUCCGAUGAAUCCGUUACUCAAGACCAAGCGUAUCGGCCGCUACAUUGUCACAAGUCAUUGCCUCGGGAGCGGGAGCUUUGCUACUGUGCACCUAGCCAUGGACACGGCGGCAUUCAGACAAGUCGCGUGUAAGACGAUUAAACGUAAAAGCAAGGACAAGGUCGACAAAGUGAUGAAGGAAGUUGAUAUUCUCAUCGCUCUGGACCAUCCGAAUAUCAACCGUGUCUGGGCAGCCAAACAUGACAAUAGCUUCGUGCACAUAUUCCUUGAGCUGUGCACCGGCGGCGAUCUCUUCUCGUACAUAGUCGGUCACGAAAACUCCCGGCUGUGCGAAGGCGAAGCCAAAUACAUGAUGUUCCAGCUCCUCAAAGGGCUGAAGUAUCUUCAUGACAGACUGAUUUCUCAUCGUGCAAAGCCCGAAAAUAUCCUGCUCUACACGCCAGGUCCUUACCCCCGGAUACAGAUCGCCGACUUCGGGUUGGCUCGUCCAAAAGCGUACCAGGAGACCUUCAACGUCUGUGGUACAGUGUCAUACCUGCCCCCGGAGGGUAUCUUGGCCCUAGAUCACAAACACCUGGGCUACGUCGGCAUGCCGGCUGACUGCUGGUCGGCCGGGGUCAUCAUGUACAUCAUGCUCGCCGGCGGCCAUCCGUUCGACUAUGACAAACAGGACGGAGAGUCAAACUGGUACUCAUACCGGCCCUCGGAGGUGCUCGACAACUCUCAAGUUGGCGAUCUCUCGCAGUCGUCCGUGCAGAGCGACCGGAUGGUGAAGAAACGUAUUGUCCACGGCGAGGUCGAAUUCCCGCCGUACAUAUGGAGUGCCAUCCCUGACGCUCAAACGCUCUGCGGCAAUCUUCUUGUCUACGACCCCCUGGACCGCGCUACCGUCCACUCUGCUCUCCGCAACGUCUGGUUCACUCGUGAUGCAUCCGACCUGGAGGCCGCCUAUCGUGAACGCAUGGGAUCCAGCUGA